GCAUCGGCUUCGGAAACCAGUCUCUCGAGUUCAGUUAGUCAGAGCGGACUUGGAGUUUUGGUCGCGGAUCAGUGUCAAAGAAUCCAUUGGCGUGGUGUGAGUGGACUGUGCAGUGCUGGGAAGUGGCAAUCUUUAAUAUCAAAUAGAAAGCAGAAACGGUGCUAGAAUCAUGAGUAAGUUUGCGUGGGUAACUCUCGCCACAAAUGACAGCUACUCCCUGGGAGCCCUCGUGGUGGCAGCAUCCCUCAAGAGGGCAGCCACCGCCCACCAGUUAGCCGUCCUCAUCACGCCAGGCGUCUCAGCAGCCAUGAGAACAAAGCUCCAGACAGUAUUUGACGUAGUGCAAGAGGUCAAUGUUCUCGAUUCCAGGGAUUCAGCCAAUUUGGCUCUCCUGGCGCGUCCGGAACUGGGAGUAACUUUUACAAAGCUCCAUUGCUGGAACCUCACGCAAUUCGACAAGUGUGUCUUUUUGGAUGCGGAUACACUGGUUCUGCAAAACUGUGAUGAACUGUUUGAGAGAGAGGAACUCUCCGCAGCUCCAGAUGUUGGAUGGCCUGACUGUUUCAAUUCCGGUGUCUUCGUCUUCCGACCCAGUCAGGAUACUUUUGGCAAAUUACUGGACUUUGCCGUAAAGUCUGGCAGCUUUGACGGAGGUGAUCAGGGCCUCCUAAACUUGUACUUCUCUGACUGGGCUCACAGUGACAUCAGCAAGCAUCUACCAUUCGUCUACAAUACUUGCUCAACAGCUACAUACUCCUACUUGCCGGCCUUCAAGCAAUUCGGAAGGGACGUGAAAAUCCUUCACUUCAUCGGCACUUCCAAGCCCUGGCUGCAGAACUUCGAUCCACAAACUAGAACAGUUCGAACUCCCGAAAACUAUUCUCAUCUUGCAUGCCAUUUGCAAACCUGGUGGUCAAUUUUCUUUGAUCAAAUCCACCCACAUCUCACAACUGACAUGACAACUUCCUACGCGUUUGAAGACAUUCUAGGCUCCGAGAGUGGAAUCGCUGGAGCUUUGGCAAAUGUAACUUUGGGUGAACAAAGAACUCCUGAACAAGAAGCCCUCGAGUCACAGAUGAGACGACAAUGUUGGGAAUCAGGAAAUAUUGACUACAUGGGCCGAGAUUCUUUUGAAAAUAUUCUCAAACGCAUCAAUCUAACCAUGGGGGAAACUCCAGAGACUCAGAAGGAAGAUGUACUGCCCGAGGCCAAGGAAGGUAACCAGUAAAUUGUCUAACAUCACACAAAGUAAUAAAAUCCAUCUCUCCCUGAAAAUCUCACAUCAACCCCUUUUCAUUUACUCAUAAAUUGGAGAGAGAUGGUGGUAAAGUGUAAUCAGCAAUCUCAUUUAUAUAUUUUUUUGUAGUUUUAUGUAAAAGAGCAAUGAAUUCUAUUUGCCAUGAAAAUGUCGCCAAUACUUUUUUUUCUCUUUUCUUUUGUAUGUUUAUCGUAUAAUUUUUUUUGGCAGGAACUUUGUCGACAAAUAAAUCAUGAUUUCACAACUAUUUGCAUUUUUAUUUUUUGUGUUUGUGUUAUUCAAAAUCACUCCCAAAAACAUCCCUGACAUGACAAACAUUAGAAGACAUUAUUUUGAGCAUCUUGAUGUUUAAUGGUUUUGUUUUAAGUCUUUUAGAUCGUUGGGAAAGGAGGUGAAAGAAGUCAUACGCCAUUGUAAAGAACUAUGCUAACUUAGUAAAAUAGAAUUUUCGCAUUUUGAGCAUUUUAAAGUUUCAAAAGCAUUUUAAAAUAUCGCUUGGAAAAUCAUGUUGAUUCAUUGAGUUAUUUUUUUGAAGAAAAAAAAACAUAAUUUUACAGCAUAACAACUUGAAAAGUAUAAAUUGGCCUUUUCAUCUCAAAAUUUACUUUUGAAAAAGCAUAACUUCGAAAAGUUGUUGAUUUUGUUCUUGUGUUAGAAGCUUACUAACAGAAAUAUUUUCAUCAUUUAUAAAGUAUAAUAUUUCUUAAAGCAUCAUACGCAUCACAUUUUUUUUAAUAUUUGAAAAGAAUCUCUAGGAAGGGAUCUUUAAGAGCGCCAUUUUUGAAGAAAAACAGAUUUUUGCAAGUUUUGAAUUUUUUUGAGUGAGUUUUUUUUCACCUUCUUUGAAGCCAAUACUUUUUUUGGGGUAUCAAUGUUGUAAAUCAUAAAACAAUAUUGCAAUUUUGCUAUAAACUAACAACUAAAACAAAGCUUGUCUUCCCUUUUAUCUUUCCGCCAAUAUCAGCUACAGUGAUGCCGAGGAAAAUGCUUCCGGGACAAUCGCAUGAGAAGAAACGCAAAAGCUAACAAAAGAGCUCUUGUGGCUGGUGUGGAUUGACUGGGUUUGUCGUGUGCUUUCUAGACUUCUAAUUUUUGAAAAAUCAUUGCAUGGGAAUGGCACUUAUUGUAAAUUUUCAAUAAUAUUUCUAGCGGAGGUGAAGGAAACUGUUGUUGCGGUGACGGAGGAGAAACUACCCCCAGGCGAAAUUUUGAGAACGAGAGAAGACGGAGCCGAAGAGAGGGUAAUUACAACCGUGGGGGAAGACGGAAGAAUCUUCCAGAAAGUCAUUACAACCUUCCCGAAACACGAAGUUGAAGAAGAAGUGAUUACUGAAGAAAUUACUGAAGGUGAAAAUGUAACUGUUACUACUACAACAACGGUUAGCACAAAUGUUACGCAAUCGGAGAUUAUUGGAGUACCUAAAGUGGCUGCACCUACAGUCACUACAGCUGUUUCAACAAAUCCAACCCCAGCACUUGAAUUAGCCAAGAAACCAGAACCAGGGAAGGAUCUUGUGGAAUUUGAUGAAGCAACUAAUACAACAACUGUAACUAGAAGGAUUGAAAAAGGUUACGAACAGAUUAUUACAACGGUCUUAGAGGAUGGUACAAAGCGUAUUCAAAACAGAACCUUCAUGGAUCCUGAAGAAGUGAUUGAUGAAACUGAAGAAGUUAUUCAAGACGAAAGCAGAACCAUCAAGAAAGAAAGUAAGAUAACUACGGAAAUAAGAAAAGCAUCUACGGAUAAACAAACAACUGAAACUACCACAACCGUUGAGGCAACAAAAAAAGAAAUAGUUGAGGAAGAGUUUGUGGUAACUGAAGCCAUGAAGAAACUGAAAACCGGGGAAGAGAUCAAAACAGUUGAUGAACAGACCAGAACUACAACCAUCAUCAGACGAAUUGAAAAUGGAUUUGAAAGAACCAUAACAAGAGUAUUUGAAGACGGAACGUCUAAAAGCAGCACUAAAACAAUUUUUGAUGUGGUUGAGAUCACUAAAGAUCAGCAAACUCCCAAAGUUCCGGACGCUCCGACUAACACUACGACAACCGUUGAUGAAACAGCUACUAAAAAGCAAACUACUCAACAAACAACUGAAGUAACACAAGUCCAGCAAACAACUCAAGAUACUGAAGAGUUUGUUAUUACUGAAGAGAUGAAAAAAUUAACAACGGGUCAGGAGAUCGUUAAAGUCGACAAGAAGACCAAUACAACAACCGUGAUCAAAAGAAUUGAAAAUGGAUAUGAACGAACAGUAACAGUUAUCUUUAAUGAUGGAUCAAUGAGAUCUCAGACAAAGGUUAUCUACGAUCCCGUUGAAGUUGUAGAGGAAACCAAGCAGAUUACACCGGUAGUUCCUGCCGCUCCAGGUAAUCCACCAGUUGCUCAAAAAACCACUGAAACCACAACUGACACUACUUCCAACACUACUCAAACUGUGGAAAAAACUCAAACAGUUGAGAGCACAAAAACUAACGUCCAGAAGGAACAACCUUCACAAGUUCCUGCUGUAGACGAAGAAGCUUUGAGAAAACUUAAAGAAGAAAUAACAAAAAUCGAGACUCAAGAAAUCAUCAUCACCGAAGCUAUGAAAAAACUGAAAGUUGGAGAGGAAAUUGUUGAAGUUAUUGAAAGAAUAAACACAACUAUUGUGACUAAGAGAAUUGAAAAGGGCUAUGAAAGGGUUACUACUUCAAUUCUGAUUGAUGGAACAAGGAGGACUCAUAAGAAAACGACUUAUGAUGCGGUUCCUGUUAUUCCUCCCAGUGCCCCUCAAGUUCCUGAAAAUCAAACACCUCAGCAAGCUCCCAAACCUCAGGAAACUCCUAAGCCUCAGGAAGGUCCUAAGCCUCAGGAAGCUCCUAAGCCUCAAGAAGCUCCUAAGCCCCAGGAAGCUCCCAAGCCUCAGGAAGCUCCUAAGCCCCAGGACGCUCCCAAACCAAAAGAAGGUCCCAAGCCUCAGGAACCCCCUAAGGCUCCAAGUCAAAAAACCCAAGAUACCAAAGUUUCCGAAAUUGAUACGAAAACUACUCAACAGCAAUCAUCCAUCCUAACUGUUGAAGAAAAGAGUAAGAAAGUAUCAACUCAGGAAACUAUUCAAAAAACACAGAAUGUGCAACAAACUUCUACGACUCAGACUACUCAGGCCCUCACCAAUACUCCACAACCAAAUCCACAAGAAACACAAAAAAAACUUGAGAGGACUGUUGAAACAUAUGAAACUGAAGAAGAAUUCGUUCCAACAGAAGCUAUGAAGAAACUGAAGGUUGGUGAAGAAUUAACCGAAGUUGAUGAAGUAACGAAGACUACAACCGUAACAAAGAGGACCGUUGAUGGGUAUGAACAAACUAUAACUACAGUAAUGGGAGAUGGUACGAAGAAAACGUACAUGAAGACCUUCUACGACGCCGAGGAGAUCAUUGAAGAAACUGAAGAGUAUGAAGAUGCUGAAGAAGAAAAUAAAACCCAGACACAAACUACGAAAACAACGAAACAGGGAACAAAUGUUCCUGACCCAAGUCGGGUUCUUGCUGUUUGUCCAACCAAACAAGAAGUCUCAAUAAUUAAUGAUCCAAAUAUUGCAUCAAAGAGAGUUGUACGUCAUGGAGAAGAAGAGAUACAACUUGAAGAAGAAGAGGAAGAUGAAAAGGAUCCUACACAGAAGACCAAGAGGGCUGUUCAAGAAACCAGGAAAGCAAAGAUUGCUCUUGAAGAGUCUCAGAAAACCGAAGGUGCCACUAAAAUUCAUACCACAACAGCUUCAACUGAUGCUAGUGAGAAGAAAUCUGAAGUCAUUACAUCAAAUGUAGGUGGGAUUUCUGCCGAUGUGCGAACAACUUGCGAAUCAACUCAAUCUACGAAAACUAGCACCUCAACUGCUGUAACACCUGCUCAAGGACCCGGUCAGGGUACCAAAACCGUAACAACCACGCGAACAGAAAAGUCUUCGGCCAGGAAGCAAAGCUCAUCAGCGAUAGCUUCAACUGGAGUUGUUCUUGAGGCUAUUGCAGCUCCUCAGCCUCCACCGAGAAAAAAGGAGACCAAGAAGGGCAAGGGAAAGUAAACCAUUUGCAUUGUGAAAUGCUUAACAUCUAGUCGGAAGUCUUACCUGUUGCCGCAGCUUCUGGGAUGUCUUCACUCUGCGAACGUCCAUCAUCAGCCAUUUGCCUUUAAUGUGUGACUUAGCCAUUUGCGCUUUCUGUGCAAGAAGCUUCCUGAAAUAAAAAGAUUUGUUUUUCAUUUUUCAGCAAUAAAAAUUUUAUAAAGUGA